ACUAGCCCCUAUACUCCGGCUCAACAAGAGCAGAUGGUCGCCCUAGUGAGAGAGAACAAGGAAAAGAAAGAGCUCCUAAAGCAGGCGAAGUUAAAAGCAAUCGCAGAGGAGCAGGCGACGAAAAUGAAGAAGCUGGAGGAGGAGAUGAUGAGGGUUCAACAGGAGGAGGAAGAAAGAAGAAAGGUUGCUGAAGAAGAAGCAGCAGAAGCGGAAGCAGAGGAAGAACGCCUGGAAAGAAGGCGUAGGGAAGAAAGAGGGGAGAGCAGUGGCACGACAGAGGAGGAUGCAAAAAUGGAGAAGAAGAUCAGUGAGUGGGUGGCAAAUUUUUCCUUGGGAGAAGAUGAGGAGGCGCAGCUGUAUGUGCCACAGGAGGAGAAGGAGUUGUUUGCCAGGGCUUUGGAAAUGAUAGAUGACCCCCUGGAACGUCAAGAGACAGAAGAUGAGACGAAGUUGGAGUGGAAGCUGCGAAUGAAGAGGGAGAAGAAGAGAAGGAGGGAGGAAGCUGCCCAAUUGGCCGCAGAGGUGGAGAAAGUACGAGGAUGCAGGCAAUAGGAACCAAUCAAGCUGAAGUUCCCAGAUGCUUAUGGCAGAAAGUCUGAUGAGAACUUCGAUAAUUGGGAGGCAAGUGUCAAUACAUAUGUUCAUUUACAGCAAAUUGCACAGGACGAUAAGGUCCUCGUUGCCUUCCAGGCUCUCAAGGACGAAGCGGCUAGUUUCGCUGGAUCCCUCGCGCGUGCGGCCGCUUGUGAAAACAACAUGGUCGCUUACUCCAAAGUCACCCCCCUCGCUCAAUUCUUCAAGCUCCUGAGGGAGCGAUUUGCUGAUCUGCGAAGAGGCGUUAGAGCCUCUGAUAAACUCCAGACCAUCCACUCACGGCAGUGGAAGAGUGCAAAGGCACUCAAAGAUGUAAUGGACGACCUGGUGGCCGUCCCGGACCAUGGGGUUACUGAGUCCCAACUGGUCCAACGCUUCUAUCGUGCCAUGCCGGAGCCCUUACGAGGGCACUUCUUUGACAAGAGCCAACAGCCCACGAUGACGUACAAUGCGCUAAGUAGAGAAGUGGUGCUGUUUGAAGCCAAGUCCAUGCCAAUUUCCACUUUCUGGCACAAGGACCUAGACAAGGGCAAAAAGUGGAAAGGGCGUACCAUCUCAGGCCAAGUCAGGGCCAAGGAUCACAUGUACAUUGGAGGAAGGUGGUACUGAUGAGGUCCCCUAUAGCCAGAUUGAGUGGGGACUUGAGGAGGAGGACAACAGCAUACGACAAGG